AUGGUUCCUGUGGUGGCCCUGACCCUCAUCUCUCUGCUGCUGCUCCCGAGUCCUGUGCCUGCCGGGGCCCACUCGGUGCCCCUGCGCGUUGCCUGGUUGGAGGAUGCAGGGGGCAGUGGGGAGGCCGAGGGCUCGUCGGCCUCCUCUCCGAGCCUGCCAGCCCCCUGGACGCCGGCCCUCAGCCCCACGUCAGUGGGGCCCCAGCCCACGGUGCUGGCUGGCCCCCCCCCACCCACCAACUUCUUGGACGGGAUCGUGGAUUUCUUCCGCCAGUACGUGAUGCUCAUCGCGGUGGUGGGCUCGCUGGUGUUCCUGCUCAUGUUCAUUGUCUGCGCCGCGCUCAUCACCCGCCAGAAGCACAAGGCCUCUGCCUACUACCCUUCAUCCUUCCCCAAGAAGAAGUACGUGGACCAGAGUGACCGGGCCGGGGGCCCUCGGGCCUUCAGUGAAGUCCCGGACCGGGCUCCCGAUGACCGGCCCGAGGAGGCCCUGGACUCGUCCCAGCAGCUGCAGGCCGACAUCCUCGCUGCCACUCAGAACCUCAAGUCUCCCACCAAGGCUGCCCUGGGCGGCGGGGAAGGAGCCAAGAUGGUGGAGUGCAGGCCAGAGAGGGAGGAGGAGGAGGAAAACAGCCAGGAGGCCAAAGGGUCAGAGAGCUCUCAGGGGCCAGAGAAGCCCUGUUCAACCGGAGCCCAGGGGGGCCUGGCAGCUGGCGAGGGCCAAGGGGAGCCAAACACGGUGUCCUCGUUAGCCCAGGAAGCUGGGGACCCUGCUGACCCCCCAGAAAGCCCUUGUGCUUGCAACAGUGUCACCCCCAGCGUCUAA